AUGGCUCGUAUUCAUAUCAUCUUGUUCUCUCUUGCCAUUGUCCUGAUCAGCUUCACAUUGCAAGUCUCUGCUGCUUCUGCCAAGAGUGCAAAGAACAUUCUCAAAUUGCACAACAAACUUCGUGCUAAACACCAUGCUCCUGCUGUCAAAUGGGAUACCAAGCUAGCUGCUUAUGCUCAAAAGUGGAGCAACAAGUGUGAAUUCAAGCACAGUGGAGGUCCUUAUGGCGAGAACUUGGCCUUGGGCUAUCCCACCUGGACAGCUGCUAUCAAUGGCUGGUACAGCGAAGUCAAAGACUACGAUUACAGCAACCCUGGCUUCGCUGGAAACACUGGCCAUUUCACUGCUGUUGUCUGGAAGUCUACUACAAAGAUUGGCUGUGGUGUCAAGACCUGUAACAACCUUGGUAAGGGUUACAAACUGUAUACUUGCUCUUACGCUCCUUUCGGUAACAUUGUUGGUAAUAACAACAAGUAUUUUGUCCAAAACGUUAUUAAGCCUUAA